GCACUGUGGCCGUUGCCGCUCUAGUCCUCCUCUCUAUGGUUUUCUGCCGCUCUACCGCACUUCCUGCUCUCUAUGGUUUCCUGCCGCGAGGGCAAAGCCCGCGCUGGGCGGAAGUGGGCCGUGCUGGGGAUCAUGGCGGCGGUGGAUAUCCGAGAUAACCUCCUGGGAAUUUCCUGGGUUGACAGUUCCUGGAUUCCUAUAUUAAACAACGGAAGUGUGUUAGACUACUUCUCAGAGCGAAGUAACCCAUUCUAUGACCGAACAUGUAACAAUGAAGUAGUCAAAAUGCAACGGCUGACCUUGGACCACUUGCACCAAAUGAUUGGAGUGGAAUAUAUCCUCCUUCAUGCUCAAGAGCCCAUCCUCUUCAUAAUUCGAAAGCAGCAAAGACAGUCUCCAACACAAGUCAUGCCAUUAGCUGAUUACUAUAUUAUUGCUGGAGUGAUUUAUCAGGCACCUGAUUUGGGAUCUGUCAUAAACUCCAGAGUGCUCAGUGCAGUGCAUGGAAUUCAAUCUGCUUUUGAUGAAGCCAUGUCAUACUGCCGAUAUCACCCUUCCAAAGGCUACUGGUGGCAUUUCAAAGACCAGGAGGAACGAGAUAAAGCCAAACCAAAAGCCAAGAAGAAGGAAGAACCAAGCUCUAUUUUCCAGAGGCAGCGGGUGGAUGCUUUGCUUCUAGACUUGAGACAAAAAUUUCCACCCAGAUUUGUUCAGCAAAAGCCUGGAGAAAAGCCCAUCGCAGUGGAUCAGAUCAAGAAGGAGCCAGAACCAGCCCCUGAAGCUAUAAAGCCAGAGGAGAAGGAGACUGUAAAGACUGCCCAACAGAGUGCUGGCACUAAAGGGCCCCCAGAGAAACGGAUGAGACUCCAGUGAAGGGAUGGACAAUUCCAUAUCUAGAUGUUGCAACGGCUGGAGAAGAAUUUGCAAGUGACUCCUGCUUCCCUCUUAUCUGUAUUUGAAUAUUUAGGACUGUGACAUUGCAGGAUUUAAAGCCCCUUGCAACAGCUUCUUCUCUCAGCAGAAACCUAUUAAAAAGCUGCCAGUGGAAAGACUUGAGCUGCACCGGGAGGGGUUUUUAGGGCUUCUCCCCAUUUUGGAUGUUAGCUUCUGACUGAAUUUCACAUUAAUGCAUUUUGCAACUUCCUUAUAAAACCCCAUUUCUUUUCAUGUCAUCUGGUAGUUGUGUUUUCUAUGUAAAAAGAGGAACUUUUUAUUAAAAAGUUGAAUUCUUGGUACACCAACAUUUGGCUGCUGAAAUGCCUUUCUUGCGUACUCUCUUGAUUACCUAUGAAAUGGUUACUGAAUAUACUGUGUGUGCUGGUAGUAGAUUUCACUUGAAUGUCAGGGUAUACCAUGAUAUUAUGCAUGUUAACCUUUCUUGAGGAAGGUGGGUGUUUCCUAUGGCAUUAAAGGAGUUACAUUGCCUGCUAUAAAUUGCUGUGCCUGUUAGAAUGCUGGGAUACAGAUCAAAAGUUUGAUAACUGGCAGGGCCGAAUCCAUGUAAUUGGAUGUCAACCUUCAGUUAGCUCUCAGAUUCUUUUAAAAUAUUUUUAGCCUUCAUACUUAUCAUGCCAUCCCAUUUCACUUAAAGAAAAAGAAUUUUUAAACCAUCUGGUGCU